CUGUAUUGAUUUGUUAGGCAACAUUGUGUCGUCUCGCUCAACUAUGCCAGAGGAGAUACCAUCGGCUCCGAUGGAGGAAACUGUGCAGUUCGAGGACUGUCCCAGAAUUCCUUCUUCUAACCCGCAUCUGGAGGGACAUGGGGGCAGCGCCGUUGCAGUUAAAAAAGAGCCGGAGGAGAUACUGCCUACUCCGAUGGAUGAGAGCAUGUACUCCGAUGUCUGCGGUACCGGGUCCACAGUGCUGUUACUCCUAGAUGCACACGGGGACAACGCCGUUGCAGUAAAAGAAGAGCCGGAUGAGUCCGACUCUCUUCGUGCCGACGAUGGCUCGUGCUCCGAGGCCUUCGGCAGCGCAUUCUCGGUGCAAGCUCACCUGGAGGGACAGGGGAAGGACAACGGCUCUCGACGUAUGACAAAAGACACAGCAGGACGGGCGUACCAUGCACCGGGCCGAGGCGGCCCGAACAAGAAGCUGCGGUUCACGGUCCAAGAGGACAUCUGGCUCCUGCGCGAGAUCGUCUCCGUGAAUCCAUACGAGGAAAGUGCCAGGUGGAUUGCAAUCUGCGACACUCUGAACCGCGUCAGCGGCCAGGCGUUCACGAGCCGCGGCUGCCGGGAACGGACGGAACGACUGCUCGCGCUGUUCAAGCAGCGGGACAUGGCGAACCUCAGGAAGUCGGGAACGGAGGAGCAGUACUCUGAGAAAAAAGCACUGCUCAAGGAAGUUGCCGAGCUCGUUUCCCGCUUCCAGCCAAUGAAGAGGAAGUGGUCAAUGCACCCGACAAGAGCCGCCACGGUCGUGCGGCGAGACAGCGCGAAGGAAACAUGUGCGGCGUUGCAAGGCACUCGCGACAGCCAAGAAGAGGUGCCGGAGAGCGCCUUCGUGCCGGCGUCCCCACCGGUGGACUUUGCGUGCGCCGACACGUCGGGAUCGGGGGAGGCCGCUCAAGCCACCGAAAACGCCGCGUCACCUCCUCCCUGCCCGAACGAAGGUCAUAUUGUGCGGCGUGGCAAACGCAAGACCCUGGAGGCGGCGACUGACAUGUUGGCCGCGAGGACAAGCUGGGAUCUACGGCAGCUGGCAUUCGAGGAGCGGAAACUGAAGCUGGAGGAAGAAACAUUGAAGCUCGAACGCGAGAGGUACGAAAACGUCGAACUCGUCUGCGUCCGGCUCGAGGUCGAGCGGAGGCGGGACGAGGCUGCAGAAAGGAAGCAACGGGAUGACGAGCACAAGGCAGCCAUGGAGCGGGAGCUGUUACACAUUCAGCUCCUCAAGGCAAUGCUGGACAAAAUUAGCCCGUGAAUUUGAACUGUCGCUUCGUUGAACACCGACAGGCACUCGCGAGGGUAGAUCCAAACGUCAUUUUGAGCUUAAAUGCUGGUUCACACGUUUGCGUUCCAUCACGACCGAGUAUGCCGCGAUCGCUGGCGACAACUUACGACGAGAUAGUCCGGUGGCGCCGUCUAUCGGGCAACCGCGGAACGCGUCCAACCUGCACAUAUUUCACACCCCAUUGCUUGAACUAAUUCUCACACUGUUAAGAGAGACCAUUUCUCGUAAAUAGUGCUAUGAUUUUAUCUCGGAAAUACUUUUAAAAACUCUUCAGGCUUGUGGUUGUAUGCAGAUUCUAAAGGGUUCCAGGGCCGCUUGACAAAUUUCGCCGGUGUGUUUUCUCAUUGUGAGCCAUCACAGGGAGUCGUACCGCAGCCUACCACAGUCAAAUGCAGAUGUGUGAAUCAGCCUGAUCCCUUACACACGGAGCGCCCGACUUUGGCAGAGAGGUGCCAUUUUAGCACCCAUCGUUUCAAGCUUCCGACGCACAACAGGAUUUGCCUAACUCCCAAAGCAGCGGUAGGGCAUUUCCAACAGAAUUAAUGCGCAGUUUGUUCCUCAAUCUAGGAAGAUGGCUGAAACGCGCUUUGCAAUUAAGUGGUUACCUUUAUGGUCUGGCUACCUACCUCGUUCCACCCUGUUCAGUGGGUUGCGUAUGCUCCGUCAUGCAAUGGGCAGUUGAAGCGAUAGCCGCCAUACACCGUUCAUCCCUAAGCUGACAGUGUGGUGGAAGCUCCAUGCUUGUUAAACCAGUCAUAUCUAUCUUUCGCCACAUGAUCAUGUUCUCUCCCAUACCCGUGCGCAGAAAGCGAGGUCAGGUGACGAAAGGGAGGCGAUUGAUUGGUCCGGCGAGCACGUAGCUCCCGCCGCGCUGUCAGCUUAGAGGUGAAUGGAAUAUAGGCUAGCACUUCUUCGCUAAAGUCGACCAUUUGUGUGACAUUAAGGCAAGGGAGCAUUGUACAUGUUUUGUGUAUAUUCGUUGAAGUAAGAUUUGUGAUUCACCCUAAAAUAGCAGAACACUUUUGUUUUUAAUAAAAUAGGGUCCUGGGGGGGUAAGAACAAUGAUCACGAAGCUUUGGUUUGUUUAAACAACUCAUGUGUGCUUCUAUAUACACACUAUUUUGACGACUCGGAGUGGUUGCUGUACUAAUGCAGUUUUGGGGUUUACGUGCCGAGCCAACAAAGGGCAUCUGGCACGCCCCUUUGAAGGACGGGAAUAAUUUAGAUUAUUUAGGCUUUUUCCUUCGUGCAACUGAAUUGUCAGUUUUGGGGCACCUUUUUUGUGCGAAACCUUUCAGCAGCUUGCUUGAGAUUGGACCUAGCAUAUCUACAUUGAAAAGAAUAGCAUCUGUUUCAUUGUUUCAUUACACUAUUUUAAUAUCUAAGCGUGCAACGGCCCUCAUCCUGCAUUGUCAUUUUCUAGGCACAUCGUUGCACUCACUGCCAUUGUCACUCAAUCUGAGCUGUUAGGUGUGUAAGUUCAUUGUUUUCAACUACAGUAAUUGCUUAAAUCGUGAUAUAACGUUUUUUAUUGAUGAGAGGAUGAGAGGCAAAUUGAAUUUGCCUUCACUAUACAUGAAAAAAAAUUUUGAGGUGGUUUUAGCUUGUUUCAAAUACCUGUAGUAAAAUGUUUUUUUCUGGAA